AUGAAUUGGGAAUUUGUAAAUAAAGACUUACAUAUUCAAGCGCAGAGGAUUAUUAUAAAUAUAUAUUCUUGUUUACGGGACGAAAAUAGUACACUUUCGGAAACUAAUAUUGUGAUAAGGAUAUGUGAACUUACCAAAAUUGCGCGUUCCACAGUGUUACGAGUUAUUGCAGCUGGGGAUGUAAUUGAUCAUUCUGUUAAGCGUCAAAGAGUUGGACAAAACCUUAAAAAGAUUGAUAAGGCCACUAGGGAUGUUAUUUGUCGCUUUGUCUAUGAAUUUUAUCAGGACAACAAAGUUCCAACGUUGGAAAUGCUUCAAGCUAAGUUGAAAAUAUGUCCCGAUUAUCCAUAUAAAUCCCUUGAUACAUUGAGGCGUGCUUUAAUAGAAUGCGGAUUUAAUUAUAAAAAACUAGACAAGAGAAUGGUAAUUAUGGAAUCUACAAGGAUUGUGAUACAGAGGCAACAUUAUUUACGCAAAAUAAAAGAAUACCGAGAUGACAACAGAGACAUUGUGUAUCUUGAUGAAACGUGGUUUGACACCCAUGAUGUAGUACAAUAUGGCUGGAUGGAUGGUAGCAAAAAGUGCUGCUUGAGUACUCCUUGUUCGAGGGGAAAAAGAAUUCUAAUUCUACAUGUUGGAACUAAGGACGGAUUUGUACCUAAUGCCUUGUUGUUAUCGUCAAAAAAUAUUAAACAGUCCUCAGCUGAUUAUCAUGAGGAUAUGACGGCUGAACUCUUUGAAAAAUGGGCAACGGAACAGCUUCUACCAAAUAUUAAAACAAAUUCCGUGAUAGUAAUGGACAAUGCGCCAUACCAUUCUAGACUCUACACCAAAAUUCCAAAUACUAGCUCCAAGAAGGGAGAUAUCAUAGAAUUUAUGGAGAAUAAAGGCAUGACAAUACCUAGUAAAUGUACCAAAAAGGAAUUGUUGCAGUUAAUUAAGCAACAAAAUUUAAAAAAAGAAUAUGCCGUUGAUAAACUCUUUGAACGCCAUGGGCAUAUGGUUUUACGGCUCCCCCCAUAUCAUUGUGUUUUCAACCCAACUGAAAUGGUAUGGGCUGAUGUUAAAAAUAAAUUGCGGAAAAUGAACCAAUCUCCGCAAUUAAGUGAUGUUGUUGUCCAAAAUAUAAGAACAGUAAUAGAAGAUCUCAACAAAACUAACAUUUGGAAAAAUUGUGUAGCUCAUGUUCAAGUAAAAGAAAAUGAAUAUGUUACUUUACCACCAAUUCAACCGAUAGUUAUAAACCCAAAUGACGACUCAAGUUCUGAACAAACGGAUAGUGAUUAG